AGUUAACGAAAUUUGCUAUUGAUUUCCCAUAAGUCAAGUUUUUUCCAUGAAAAAUCCAUUGUUUUAGGUCCACCCGAAUAAUAUUUCAUUUUGUGUCAAUUUGCUGGAACGAGCUUUGUACGAAUUUGGCGAAGGGAUAGCACUAGAGCGGAGAUUAGCAUAUGUUGAGCAGAUCACCUAUUCUAUAGAAAUUCUGGCCUCUGCCGCUUUGAGAGGGCAGGAGUAUUCGUCUCAAUUGCUGGAUCGACCUACUGCUGUGGAAAACAUUGUAGAUGUUCUAGAUGUAGAUUUUGAGGUGCUCGACGCUCAGUGGUUGGACGAAAAUGAAGAACAAAAAGAUCAGGAGCAAAUUUACCCUGACAGGCCACAGAAGCAGCCAGAAGUUCGUUGUAACCGGGUUCAGGACUCGCCACAAUUGACCGCUCUGUCAACUGCAGUGCAUGACUCACCCAUGGAGCUGAGGGCUACUCUUAAGUGUGCUGCUGUACGAGCUAUCGGGAAUUUAUGCUGCGAGAGGGAAUCGCUUCGGCUAGCAGCAGGUGCUAGAGGGGCGGUUUUAGCGGUGCUUCGGUGCGCUCGACUUACAGACAAUGACCGACCUUUCAUAGUACAAUGGUCAGUAGCCGCUUUGCGGCAUCUGUGCAUGGGAUGUCCUGAAAAUCAGAAGUUUAUCCUUGAAAUGGACCAGAAACCCUCAGGAGUAAUUGAUCGUCAAAGACUUCUAAAGGAGUUGGGUAUAAAUGUGAAAGUGGAUGCCACAACAGGCGCUGUUCGACUGAUCACUCCGUCAAAGAAUAUGGCUUAUUUCGAAAGUGUGUCAAACAGGAAGAGACCAGCUACUAAUUUUAUGGAAUUCUCUGAAAUUGAACGUGCAGUCUAUGGUGGGAAUGUAGAGGACGAUCCGGAGUUGCUUGCUGAAUUGCUAGCUCUACAACAAGAAGAGGAAGCAAAACAGAGGCGUAGCGCGCUUCCUCCUCCAAUUGCGAGAGCACCACCACCAAAAUCCAAAAUUGACGGAGCUCUUGGACUGGAUCCAGCUAUUUUGGCAGCAGCACUUGCAGAUGAUGUCGAAAUCGAUGAUAGUGCCCUGGAAAAUGAUCCUGAUCUGUUGGCAGAGUUAUCUGGUCUUGUUGGAGAGAGUGCAACUGAAGCUGCUCCCCCACCGGCUCCACCUUCUGCGCUUGCUCAAACUGUAGCAUCGGAUAAUGCUGUGUUGGUAAAACUUCGUGGACUACUUGCUGUAUACGAGAAAAUGCUUAAUGCAAGCACUACUGAAGGAAAUACUGCGAAGCAGAGAAGGCAUCAGCGUUGCGUGGACAAACUCAAAGAGCUGAUCUCUAAAGCUGAACGAGGACUGGUUAUUGAUGAAGCAGAUAUACCGCCUGCUCCACCCUCAUUUGCUCCGGCGUCUGGUAACGCUCAGCCUUCCGCCACUGUCGCUUCUCUUCAACCACCUCCCAUCCCAAAGCGAACCUCCUCAUCCCCCAAUGUUCCUUCAGGAUCAGGAUUGGAAGCUCCACCAGUCCCUGAGCGUACUUCAUCUUCAUCUGUCCCACCUGAGCCUACGAAUGCAGAUGUAAAGAAGCAGAAAAUUUUGGCAGUUCUGAAAAGGCGAAGAAACGAGUAUGUUGCAAACGGAAAGGCGGCUGUUGCUGCAAUGGACAAACCUGCGGCCAAACAUUAUGUCGAAACCGCCAAACUGUUUGAUCAGGUGGAA